AUGUUUGGGCUGAAGCUGAAAAAGAAGAAGAAAAUUAAAGCAGAGAAGGGGUUGAUCCUCACCAACAAGGGUGCACAAGAUGGUCAGAGCGACUCUGAAGCACCACAGGAAGGGCCUUCUCACCAGGAAGGACCAGAGGGAGACGUGAUUCAUGAUGAUACUUCUAUCACUCCUGGCCCCACGGCUCCUCCAAAGAGGAGAGCAAAACUGCUGACUAAGAUCCAUGAUGGGGAGGUCAAAUCUCAAAACUAUCAAAUCGCCAUAACCAUCACUGAGGCCCGCCAGCUGGUGGGGGAGAACAUCGACCCGGUUGUGACCAUUGAGAUUGGGGAGGAGAAGAAGCAGAGCACAGUGAAGGAGGGAACCAACAGCCCGUUUUAUAAUGAGUACUUCGUGUUUGACUUCAUUGGACCCCAAGUGCAUCUUUUUGACAAGAUCAUCAAGAUCUCAGUCUUACAUCACAAGCUGAUAGGAAGCAUCCUGAUUGGCUCUUUCCGAGUGGAUGUGGGGACGGUGUACAACCAGCCUGGUCACCAAUUCUGCGACAAGUGGGCACUGCUUACGGACCCUGGCGACAUCAGGACCGGUACCAAGGGCUACCUGAAGUGUGACAUCAGUGUGACCGGGAAAGGCGACGUCUUAAAGACCAGCCCCAAAACCUUCGACGCUGAGGAGCAAAUAGAGAAGAACAUUCUGAUCCCUCAAGGAUUUCCAUCAGAGAGACCUUGGGCCAGAUUCUAUGUGAGGCUGUAUAGAGCAGAAGGGCUACCCAAAAUGAACUCCAGCAUUAUGGCAAACGUCACCAAAGCGUUUGUGGGCGACAGUAAGGACCUCGUGGAUCCCUUCGUGGAGGUGUCCUUCGCUGGGCAGACGGGGCGAACUUCAGUGCAAAAGAACUGUGCUGACCCUGUGUGGCAUGAGCAGGUGGUCUUCAAGGAAAUGUUCCCUCCCUUGUGCCGGAGGGUGAAAAUUCAGGUGUGGGAUGAAGGCAGCAUGAAUGACGUCGCCCUGGCAACCCACUUCAUUGACCUGAAGAAGAUCUCCAAUGAGCAGGAUGGAGAUAAAGGCUUUCUUCCCACCUUUGGACCUGCCUGGAUUAACCUGUACGGCUCCCCCAGGAACCAGAGUCUCAUGGAUGACUACCAGGAGUUGAAUGAGGGCUUUGGGGAAGGCGUGGCCUUCAGGGGCCGGAUCUUGGUGGAAAUUGCUGUGGAAAUCCUCUCCGGGGGCGCCCAGGAGUCUAAGUUCUCCAAAGCUCUGAAGGAGCUGAAGCUGUCUUCCAAAGACAAAGACUCCAAAUCUUCUAAAGGCUCAAGCAAGGACAAGGCUGACAAAACCGAGGAAGGCAGAGCCCAGCAGGCAGCUGACAAGACCAACUCCAUGGAGGUGGAGGUGGAAUCUUUCACAGCCCCCCCAGAGAUUACACCAGAAAAAUAUGAGGAGUUUUUACUCUUUGGAGCCUUUUUUGAAGCUACCAUGAUCGACCGGAAGAUCGGAGACAAGCCCAUCAGCUUUGAAGUUUCUAUUGGUAACUUUGGGAACCUGAUCGAUGGAGGGUCUCAUCAUGGGAGUAAGAAGAAAUCGGCUGAGCUGGUGGAAGAGGAUGUCCUUCCUCUGUUGCCUGAAGGAGAAAGAGACGUGGCCCACGACAGUGUCAUUUCCAUGGCCUCUACCACACACCCGGAGAAGCCUCUGGUGACAGAAGGGAACAGAAAUUACAACUACUUGCCUUUUGGUGCCAAGAAACCCUGUGUCUCCUUCAUCAGUUCCUGGGGAGACCAGACAUUCAGACUGCACUGGUCCAACAUGCUGGGGAAAAUGGCUGACCUCUUGGAAGAAGGCGUAGAAGAAGUGAGGGAGCUGGUCAAGGUUUCAGAGGAGGCACCGGAAGAGAAGAUGAAGACCGUGCUCAGUGACUUCAUCAGUCAAAGCAGCUCCUUUAUCUCUGAAGCAGAAAAGAAACCGAAGAUGUUGAACCAAACUGCGUUAGAUAAGAAACGACUCACGCUCUGCUGGCAAGAGCUGGAGGCAAUGGCCAAGGAGGCCAAAGGGGCCAUUCAACAACAGAAGAAAAAGUUAUCUCUUGAUGAGAUGAUCAGUGAAGCCCAGAGCUUUGUGGAGAAGAUCCGCUUUCUUGUGGAUGAGCCACAGCACACUCUCCCAGAUGUCUUCAUUUGGAUGCUCAGUAACAACAAGAGAGUAGCCUAUGCCCGCAUUGCUGCCAAAGACCUGCUUUACUCCCCCCUCAGAGAGCAGAUGGGCAAGCACUGCGGGAAGAUCAAAACCCACUUUCUCAAGCUUCCUGGGAAACGGCCGGCUGGCUGGACUGUACAGGCAAAAGUCGAUAUAUAUCUGUGGCUGGGCUCCACCAAAUACUCCAACACCAUUUUGGACAACUUGCCCAUGGGCUAUGAAGCAGAAAUGCCCUCCAAGGCAUCUGGCAUCCAUCACCCUCCAUCAGCCCUGCUGUACCAAGCCCAGCAUGUCUUCCAGCUGAGAGCACACAUGUACCAAGCCCGGGGCCUCAUCGCAGCUGACAGCAAUGGACUUUCAGAUCCCUUCGCUAAAGUCACAUUCCUGUCCCAGUGCCAGACCACAAAGAUCAUUUCCCAGACUCUCUCUCCUACCUGGAACCAGAUGCUGCUCUUCAAUGAAUUGGUUUUGCACGGCGAGGAGAGGGAGCUCGCGGAGUCCCCGCCCCUAGUGGUGGUGGAACUCUAUGACAGUGAUGCCGUGGGGAAGCCAGAAUAUUUGGGUGCCACGGUGGCUGCUCCGGUUGUGACCCUAGCUGACCAGGACUAUGAGCCCCCCAAGCUGUGCUACCACCCCAUCUUCUGUGGGAACCUCUCUGGAGGGGACCUUCUUGCUGUGUUUGAGCUGUUGCAGGUUCCUUCUUCUGGACUACAGGACCUCCCUCCCAUUGACCCACCAGACAUCACACAGAUCUAUCCUGUUCCCUCCAACAUCCGGCCAGUGCUGAGUAAAUACCGGGUCGAGGUCCUCUUCUGGGGUGUCCGAGAAAUGAAGAAGGUACAGCUCCUGUCUGUGGACCGGCCACAGGUUCUCAUUGAAUGUGGGGGACGAGGCGUGAAGUCUUGCGUGAUCCAGAGUUAUAAGAACAACCCCAACUUCAGCGUGCAGGCAGAAGCCUUUGAAGUGGAGCUGCCUGAGAAUGAGCUCCUGCACCCACCGCUCAGCAUCUGUGUGGUCGACUGGAGAGCUUUCGGGAGAAGCACCCUCGUGGGCACCUACACCAUCAACUGCUUGAAACAGUUUCUGUAUAAAUCCAGAGAGCCCCUUGCCCUGACUUCACAGACGGAUGGAGGUAAGAAGAGCAUCGUUUCAGAUUCACUAGCAACAAUCGAGUCUUCCGAACUCAGCUCCUCCCAGGAUCCCCCAACAGACCACGUCUAUGUGGAUGUUGAGCCACCUCCCACAAUGGUACCUGACUCUGCCCAGGCCCAGACUGCCACUCUGGUCGACAUCCCUGACUCCUCUCCAAUGCUCGAGCCCGAGCACAAACCUGUAUCCCAGGAACCACCAAAAGAUGGGAAAGUCAAGCCAGAUCCCAGGAAGCCUUCUCGGAGAUCCACCAAAAGGAGGAAAAGAACCAUAGCAGAUGAAUCUGCUGAGAAUGUCAUUGAUUGGUGGUCUAAGUAUGACGCCUCCCUGAAGAAAGCACAGAAGGAAAAGGAGAACAACUCGAAGGAGAAAAGGGCCACAGACGCAAAGCCAGAUGAGGUGGUGUUGGAUAUAGAGGAUGGCCCCAAAAAGAAGAAAGACAAAAUGCCCAAGAAGAAACUGAAAGAUGAUGGGAAUGAUGGGAUCCCGAACUUGGCAGUCUUGAAGAUAUAUGAUGGCGAGCUUGAGAGUGAAUUUAACAACUUUGAAGACUGGGUGAAGACCUUCGAACUCUUCAGAGGCAAAUCUACAGAAGAUGAUCAUGGUCUAGAUGGAGACCGAGUCAUAGGAAAGUUCAAGGGCUCCUUCUGCAUCUACAAAAGCCCAGAGGAUUCUGACUCAGAGGACAGUGGGCAGCUGAGAAUCCAGCAAGGAAUUCCACCCAAUCAUCCCAUUCAAGUACUGAUCAGGGUGUACAUUGUUGCGGCAUUUAAUCUUAGCCCAGCUGAUCCAGAUGGCAAAUCAGACCCCUACAUUGUCCUCAGACUUGGCAAAACAGAAAUCAAAGACCGGGACAAAUACAUUCCCAAACAACUGAAUCCAGUAUUUGGAAGGUCAUUUGAGAUCCAGGCCACUUUCCCAAAGGAGUCCCUGCUCUCCGUCCUGAUCUACGACCAUGACAUGAUUGGGUCAGAUGACCUCAUCGGGGAGACCAAGAUCGACUUGGAGAACCGUUUCUACAGCAAACACAGAGCCAUCUGCGGUUUGCAGAGCCAAUACGAGAUAGAAGGGUACAACGCCUGGAGGGACACGUCCAAACCCACAGAAAUCCUGACCAAGCUCUGCAAAGACAACAAGCUCGACGGGCCGCACUUUCGUCCCGGGAAGAUACAGAUCGGAAACAAGGUCUUUUCUGGAAAAACGGCCUUUGCCGAGGAAGACUCUGAGGAGAUGGUGGAAUCUUACGAACACUUGGCCCUCAAGGUGUUACACUCUUGGGAAGACAUCCCUGAAGUCGGGUGUAGGCUGGUUCCAGAGCACAUAGAAACACGGCCAUUGUACCACAAGGAUAAGCCAGGAAUGGAGCAGGGCCGUCUACAAAUGUGGGUGGACAUGUUCCCCAAAGAUACACCUCAGCUUGGACCUCCUGUUGACAUUUCACCAAGGAAACCCAAAGGAUAUGAGCUGAGGGUGACCAUCUGGAAUACUGAAGACGUCAUUUUAGAAGAUGAGAAUAUCUUCACGGGUCAAAAGUCAAGUGAUAUUUACGUCAAAGGGUGGAUCAAGGGUUUGGAGGACGACAGGCAGGAGACGGAUGUGCACUACAACUCCCUGACUGGAGAAGGGAACUUCAACUGGCGUUUCCUGUUUCCGUUCCAGUAUCUGCCGGCUGAAAAGCAAAUGGUCAUCACCAAACGGGAGCACAUCUUUUCCCUAGAGAAGAUGGAGUGUAAGACUCCAGCUGUCUUGGUGCUGCAGGUCUGGGACUUUGAAAGACUGUCCUCAGAUGACUUCCUGGGCUCCCUGGAAAUGAAUCUUAACAGCUUCCCUCGGGCCGCCAAAUCUGCAAAAGCCUGUGAUCUGUCCAAGUUUGAAAAUGCAAGCGAGGAGAACAAGAUCUCCAUAUUCCAGCAAAAGCGUGUGCGUGGCUGGUGGCCUUUUGCCAAGAGCAAGGAGCUCACGGGCAAGGUUGAAGCUGAGUUCCACUUGGUCACAGCAGAAGAAGCUGAGAAAAACCCUGUUGGGAAAGCCCGAAAGGAGCCUGAGCCAUUGGCCAAGCCCAACCGCCCAGACACCUCCUUCUCGUGGUUCGUGAGCCCCUUCAAGUGCCUGUACCACCUCAUCUGGAAGAAUUACAAGAAGUACAUCAUCAUCGCUUUCAUUCUGAUCAUCCUCAUCAUCUUCCUGGUCCUCUUCAUCUACACCCUGCCAGGAGCCAUCAGCCGGAGGAUUGUCGUGGGAAGCUCAUAAGGGCAGUGGAGAACACAGACCUCUUUUCGAGAGUGUUCUCCUCCAUUUCCUGUGUGAACCUCUAAGAUCAUGUGCUGUGGAAGGUGCUAUGGUGAAUGCUAAAGGAAUAGACUCAGAGGACCAAAUACCCAUCCCUGGGUCUCAGUGCAAACCGGGUUCCUCCAGGAAGACAGCGCUCUGGCAGUCUCUCUCUGCCCCAGUCCCUGCUACCAUCCUUCAGACUCCUAAAUCCCAGAUCUUGUUAUUGCCCACAAGUAACCUAGAACAACGACUCUUUCACUCCAGGCUAAUCAACAGUAACCUCACAUGGACCUCAGUGAAACUUUUCUUUGUGGAAUAGAUUCUCUUCAAAAAGAUUAAACUCCGAGUCUAUGAUUUUAUUAGAAGCAUUGUAUUUUGAAUAAAAUGUCUUAGUAAAUAGACUGGAAGUAUUUAGCAAAUUGCUAGCUGUUUAACAUGUCCCAAAUAUCACUUGGUUUAAUCUUCACAGUUACAGGACACAUUCACUUUCAGGCUGUCAAAUUGGCUGGACAAAAGCAUGUAUAGAUCAUCUAAAAUACUUUAUUGUUGAAGUUCCUCCAGAGAGACAAAAUGCAGCCGGGUUACCCUGAAAGUCAACUGAACGUAGCCAGUAGCAGUAGUGAGCAAUGAGAAAUUCACUUGAAUUUGCUCUGUGGCGAUUCCCAAGUGGAGUGUUCACAAUUUGUCAUAAGACAUAUGAGCUAUAACUCUGUGUAUGUGGGGUGUCAGGGCAGGCUCCCUGCCACCCAGUGGGCAUUCUCAUUUGCUAGGUAGACAGCCUCCCACCAAGUCGUGUGCUCCCACAGGUCAUUUGACUGUGAUAUGAAUGGCCAGCGCUGCCUCUGCUCAUCCCUUACCCGACCAGCAGGAGAGCCAGGUUCAUUAUAAUGUGAGUCUCAAGUACAGAAUGUAAAAACCAGUCCAGGAACAACAGCUUAUCCACUUGACAAAUGCAUCAGUGUGUCUUGAAAGGAAACUUCUGCUCUCCAAAGCACAGUUCCUAUAUCCCAUGCUCUCUACAGUGGGGGUUGAACUGAGGGCCUUCUUUUCUCAGACACAGUGAGGAAAUGGGAUGUUUGGCCUCAAUCCCCUUGCAGGACUUUUGGCCCCAUAAAUUUUUCUUCUUCCUAUUACCAAAGGUUAUUUAGGGUCGUAAGGGGUUCCCCUCUUGACCCUAGAAGCAUCAAGACCACGGAUUAUAUUUUAUCUGUUUUGGUUUUUGGUUUUUAUUUGUUUUGUUUUGUUUUAUGAGAUGGGGUCUGGUGUAAUCCAUUUGAAUCUCAAACUUCCCAUAUAGCCAAGAAUACCUUUGAUUCCUGACCUCCCUGCUUCCAUUCCCUAAAUGUUAGAAUUACAGGCAUACUCCACCAUGCUUGGCUUCUCCUGAUAUUAUAAUACCAUUGCAUAGUUGCAACUUUUCUAAAGGCAAAGGUGCUUAUGUCUACACAGAAAAUCAUUCUAGGAUUUCCAGGAUCCAUCAAAAACAGAAAGAUUAAAAAAUACAAACUUACAGUGCUGGUAUUGGAACCCAAAGCCUAGCCCACCUGGACAAGCAUCCCACUAUUGAUUUACAGGCCCUGUGAUUUUUAUCCUUAAGCACUGUUUGCUCAGUUCUGGAUGUGGAUUCUCUGUCUUUGGCAAGUAUACCAUCACAUUUUCCUGAAGUGCUGAGAAAUAGAAGCUUCUGCCUUGGCAAUGUUUCCUAGUGAGAUCGGCUACAUCCAUGGCGGCUCAUUUUCACUGUGCAGUAAUGUACAUCCAUCCUUAAUGAGGAGGUCAGAAUGUUUGAUGCCAUGAGGCAUAUGUACUAAAUUCAUUAUAAGUAAGUAUUUGUAUAUGUAUUAGAAAACUAUGUACAGCAUGCUGUAAAAAUAAAUAUAUAUACAACAAUGGAAAAAUGUCUAGAGAAAUAUACCAACGUCAACAGUAGUUAUCUAAGCAGUAUAAGCUUUUCUUUGCCUUCUUAUUUUUCUAUUUCUCCCAAAACUUCUG